AUGAACUCAAAACAAUAUAAAGGGGGAACAAAUUCGAGAAAUAGCCAGGUAGCCAAUAAUUCCAAAAAAUACGAUUUGAAUAAAAAAAAAACUAGCCAAAAAAAUGCAAGUUUUAUACAAAAUAAUUUAAAAGCGAAUACUCAAAAACAAAGUAACAAUAUGAGAAAUCCUAAAUCAUACAACCUAAAUAAUUCAGAAUUAAAAUGGAAUAAAUAUUUAGAUAAAGUAUUAAAACUAAAUGAAUAUGUAAAACUUCCAAAUAGUAUAAAUAAUGAACAUGAUAAAAAAAAAUGGAAAAAAGCACAUAAUUUAAGAAAGAAAAUGAAAGAAUAUGAUCUUAUGACAAGAAGAAAACUAUUUAAUAAUAAUAUUGUUAAUAAUAAAGCCAAGUUAAAUAGAGAAAGAUAUAUUAUCUUAAAUCGAAUUCCAAGAUAUAGAGAAGCAUUCCCCUCUACUUUUGACACUUCAAAUAAGCUUAAGGAAGACAUUAUACGUACUUAUCUUAAAUCCCAUGCAUGCUAUUUAGUUUCUGAAAUGAAAAAAAAUGAUGGCAAUAUGAGCUUUAACAAUACCAUGGAAACGAAUAAUAAUACAACAACUAGUAGCCCCUAUAAUAUUACUACUAAAUCUAUGAAAAAUAUGCGUAAAAAAAAUGUUAGCACAAAUGGAAAAGGUAAUAAUCCUUUAAAUUAUUUAUAUAAUAAGACAAGAAAUCCUUCAAAUGGAGAAAAGAAUAAUAAAAAUAAUCUCUCAUAUAAUUUAUGGGAAAAAUCAAUGAUGAAACACCAAAAUGACAAUAGAUAUUUGAAAAAUAAUAAUCAAAAACAAAAUAAAAAACAAAUAUAUAAUUAUCGAAAUAAUGCUAACACUAAUUCUAAGGAAAAUCAUCUUAAAAAUUAUAAUAUUCAAAUAAAUGGUGUCUAUUCUAAUUUAAAUAAUAAUAAUAUGAAAAAAAGAAAUGUACCUAAUACAGCCCCCAAAAAUAUACAUAUAGAAACAGAUUUAUAUAACACUGGAAAAAAUCACAAUUUAUUUGAUUAUGGACAAAAUGUUAUUAUUCAUAAUGAAAAAAGAGAGGAUGCUUAUGAAAUUUAUCCUAAUACCCCCCAAAUGAAUGUAAUUUCAAAAGAACAAAAUAAUAGCCUUAAAAAUUAUAAUAUGCAUUGUUCAACUGCUGAUUCCAAAGAUUAUUUGCCAAUUCGAGAAAAUUUUAAAACAGAUAAAAUGCGUGAUGUUUCAAACACACAAUAUCAAUAUUCAAAUAAAAGCAAUUCUAAUGAAUAUGUAAAUGAAUAUUCAAAUAAUCAAAUGGAAAAAAAUUAUGAAAUUUAUAAUAAAAAAAAAGCUAGUUGUGGGUUUAAAAAAGAUCGAUUUUCUUUAUUUGGAAGGAUUAAACAUAAUAAAGAUAUAGAAGUAAAACUACUUUUAAACAAAGCAUAA